UACUUGUUUUACUAAUAUUUAAAUGCAUAGCUUGACUGUAGCUAUAAAUAAGUUGUUUGUAUCUUGGGAAGCUAUAUUUUUAGUAACUUCCCAUUCAUUAAUAAAAACUGGAUUAUUUUUGGUGGCAUUACUCAUCUAUUCUCGUAUUCUUGAGAUAUCUUUCACAUCUCAGGUGAAAGGCCUGCAUAUGAAGGAGUCUGAGGAGAAGGCCAGGUCUCUUCUUACACUCAAGCAGGUGAGUUCAUGAAUCUAUGGAUCUCUGAGAACACCUCUGACUGCUAUAUAAAGACAGCGCGUGCCUCUAAUACAGGCAAAACUAUCUGUGCAAAAUGAACAGGGUUAAAGGUACAUUGACUCCAGAUCGUUAUUAGAUUUUGCAAGGAAAUCUGCCUACAGCUAUAGCCUGAAAGAACUGCAUACUUUGUAAAGAACACAGUGCUCGCUUAUUAAACAUAUUUCAAAUAUGCAGUCUACAGAAGCAAAAAUAUUUCUUAAACAGAGCAUGUUUCUUCACCAAAGUGAUCUUGUCACAUGUGUGUGUGUGUGUGUUUCAUUAGUUCUGCAGGUCUGGCUGUGUUGUGUGUCUCUGUGGCGCUUCUGGGUUUCUCAUGCCGUUCCUCUGGACUGCAAGGACGAGACGGGAUCUCUCACCCACUGUACUUCAAUCUCCCAAGAGAAACUUCUAGAUCGCGUCAUCCAACAUGCAGAGCUCAUCUACCGUGUCUCUGAAGAGUCGUGCACUCUUUUUGAGGAGAUGUUUGUCCCGUACCCUCUGCAUACUUUAAGAAAUCAGGCAGGAAACGUGUGCCACAGCAAGCCCUUCCCGAUCCCAGGCUCCAAGAGCGAGAUUCAGCAGAUAUCGGAUACAUGGCUCCUUCACUCGGUUCUGAUUCUGGUGCAGUCGUGGAUGGAACCCCUGCUCUAUCUGCAAACUACUCUUGAUCGUUACGACGACGCCCCCGACGCUCUGCUCAACAAGACCAAGUGGGUGUCUGAUAAACUGCUCAGCCUUGAGCAGGGGGUGGUGGUCCUCAUCCGCAAGAUGCUGAAUGAAGGGAUUCUGACAUCCUCGUCCGCCAUCGAGCAGACGCUGGCCCCAUACGACGGACAGUCUCCAGAGGUGCUAGAGUCUGUCCUCAGGGACUACAACCUACUCACCUGCUUCAAGAAGGACGCCCACAAGAUGGAGACCUUCCUCAAGCUACUCAAAUGCCGUCAGAGCAACAAGCUCAGUUGUCUUUCCCACUAAACCUGCUUCUUAUUUGGAAAAAAAAAAGUCUUUAUUCUGAAGAAUUGAAUGUGCACAUUGAAUUGGCUUUCUUAGCAAACAUUAAAUGAGACCCUUGCAUGUGAAAGUGAUGUGCUCAAAGCUGUGGCUUUCUGGCUAUUUACUGUAAAUUGAAGAGGAACAGACGAAGCGUAUACAAUCUGCAUACUGCACUAUUGAUUUCCUCCCUUCUCUUCCAAACUUUGUAUGCGAUACAGACUCUUCGUAGUUUUUCAACGUCUCUCCAGGUCUCCGGUGUGUUGGCAGGCAUGAUUCUUUUUUCUUUCGGUGGAGAUAGUUUCACCUUUGUAUUAGUUAGAUAGAGAAAGCUCCUGAUACAGAAAUAUGCUAAUGAAGCCUCAAAGCAGACUGUAAAUGUUUCCCGACUGUGUAGUGUGGGCUGAGGGAUUUGAUCGAAGCUUUACUUUAUGGAUGAGCGUAGUGGAAAUUUACGUGAGACAUGACAUGAGAUAAAAAUAUAGCUAUUGGCCUGCACAAGAGAAAGAACAGAAUUCAUUAAUUAUGUAAAUUCUGUCUGGAAAAAAAAAAAAAAAAAAAAAAAAAAUUUAAAAAUACAAUAUACACAUGCAUGAUUCAUGUAUAUGCAUGUUUUUUCUUUAUCUUUAUCAGAUUAUACUUAUCUAUGU